AUGAAGUUCACUCUGAUCUCCUCCGCCCUCUUCCUGGCCACCACUGCCAUGGCUUCCCCAGACGGUGUUGACGUGAACUCUAUCGUCUCCGAUGUCACAGGCGUCGUCUCAACUGUCGUCGACGGUGGCCAAUCCGUCGGAUCCGAUGUCGUCUCAAUAGCCACCUCUAUCGCCGAGGCCGCGAGCACCGGCGGUGCCGCUGCCAUCUCAUCCAUCAAAAGCGAGGCGACCUCUAUCGCCGAGGCCGUGAGCACCGGCGGUGCCGCUGCCGCCUCAUCCAUCAAGAGUGAGGCUUCUGCCGUCGCUACCGAUGCUAGCUCCAUCGGCUCUGAGAUCACCAGCCGGGUUGCCACCGCCAUUUCUGCUCAGACUACUCUUACCGACUCCGCCGGCUCGGCCACCGCUACCGAGUCCACUACCCUGACCAGCGCAGUGUCCACCACAUCUUCCGACUCAUCCUCCGCUGAUUCUUCUUCCGGCUCCUCCUCCACUGAUUCUUCUUCCGGCUCUUCGUCUACUGAGUCUUCUUCCGGCUCUUCCUCCACCGCGUCUCCGUCUAGCUCUUCCUCUGUCUCUGACAAUGCGGCCUUCGCUCGUCCCACUGCUGUCGGCGCUGUUGCUGCUGGUAUGGCCGGUGUCCUUGGUGUCAUGAUUGCACUGUAA